GACUGUAACUUACCACUUUUUCAGAUAAUUGCGCAGGCUAUCGACACGAUAUUGUGCUACCUGCUGCCAUGUUUAACGAUCGUCAUUUUGAACAUAUUGGUAGUCUUGAAAAUUAGGCGAUCCGCAUUCGUCGACACAAAAAAUCAACGUACCUCACGGCGACAAGGCGGCCAGACAGCGCAGUCUGGAUCUCUGACUCGUAUUUUAUGGGUGAUGCCAUUGGUUUUCGUCGUGCUAAACACUCCUUUCUAUGUAAUAAUGAUGAUCGAAGUCUUUUCGCAAGUCGUCUAUCAUUCGUCACCCGAAUUCACACAUCGAUCUCAGGUUUUCGUGGUAAGAAAUAUAGCA